GUUGCUGUCCCCCCGGCCCCGCCUGCUCAACGCCGCCAGCGAGGCCAGGUUGAACCCCUCGCCGCAGAAGCCACUGGACCUGAAGCAGCUGAAGCAGCGUGCUGCUGCCAUCCCUCCCAUCCAGAUCACAAAAGCCCAUGAGUCUGCCCGCGAGGACAUGGCCCCAAGCAAGCUCUCGCAGUCCCAGCAGCAGGCUGAGAAGGAGCAGCAGCAGCCAAGCAGCAGUCCCAGGGGAAAGAGCAGGAGCCCCGCUGUUGGCGACAAGGAAGAAAAGUCCGUGCAUUUCUCAUCCAUCGCAGAGGCUCAGAAGCUGAGCACGGAGCCGACAGCCACCUCGUGCUGGCCCCCUGUCCUGUCUUACUCCCGGGAUGUGAUAAAAACCUCUCCCCAGACAGAGCCCCACUUGUUCCAGUAUAACCCACCAGGACACCCCAUCCCGCUAAACCUGCAUGAGAGCUCUCGCUCAGGGUUGCAGAGACUAGCAAGCAUCUCCAACCCUCCUCCCCUCAUCUCCUCCACCAAGCACGCCUCCGUGCUGGAGAGACCCGUCGGAUCCAUUUCCCAGGGCAUGCCCAUCCAGCUCCACGCACCCUACAGCUCCGAGCACGCCAAGGUCCCUGUCGGCUCCAUCACCAUGAGCCUGCCACUGCCCAUGGAUCCCAAGAAGUUGGUGCCUUUUCCUGGAGUAAAGCAGGAACAACUUUCUCCUAGAAGCCAGGCCAGCCAGCCGGAAAGUCUGGUUCUGCAGCCGUCCCAGGAGGGCUCCAUCCUGCGGGGUACUUCGCUGAGCUCUGCCUCGGGAGGAAGCAUCACCAAGGGAACACCCACAUCCAGACCCCCUCUGGAGUCGCCCAUCACCUACCGAGGCUCCAUCACACACGGCACCCCGGCAGAAGUGCUGUACAAAGGAACCAUUACCAGGAUAAUCGGAGAAGACAGCCCCAGCAGAGCAGAGAAGGCGAGAGAGGAUGCCAUGCCCAAAGGACAUGUCAUCUACGAAGGGAAGAAAGGCCACGUGCUGUCCUACGAGGGUGGAGUUGCUGCUUCUCAGUGUCCCAAAGAAGACAGCAGAAGCUCAGGAGCUUCACAUGAGACCACAGGAACCAAGAGGACCUACGAUAUGAUGGAGGGGAGGAUCAGCCGCAGUUUAUCGGCCCGUGAUACCUUGUCUGCCAGCAUUGAAGGUCUCAUGGGACGAGCGAUUCCCCCAGACCGACACAGUCCCCAUAACCUAAAGGAGCAGCAUCACAUGCGCGGCUCAAUUACACAAGGAAUACCUCGGUCCUACGUGGAGGCCCAUGAGGACUACCUCAGAAGAGAAGCCAAACAGCUCAAGAGGGAAAACACUCCACCGAGGGACUUAUCUGACGCCUACAAGGUCAGGUCUCACGAGGGCCUUACUCCUCUGAAAAUGAAACCAGCCCACGAAGGCCUGGUGGCCACGGUGAAAGAAGCAGGAAGAUCAAUCCAUGAGAUUCCACGGGAGGAGCUGAGGCGGACACCAGACAUCUCUCUGACGAGACCUCUGAAGGAAGGCUCCAUCACGCAGGGUACCCCACUGAAAUACGACGGUGGCUCUUCCUCCUCGAGUACCAAAAAGCACGACGUGCGGUCCAUCAUCGGCAGUCCUGGCAGGACUUUUCACUCUGUGCACUCGCUGGAUGUCAUCCAGGACCCGAGGAAUCUGGAGAGAGCGUACGAAGAGAGCCUGAAGAACAGGCCAAGCCCAGUGACAAACUCAGGUGGCUCCAUUGCCAGAGGAGCUCCUGUGAUUGUACCCGAGCCGGGCAAGCCCCACCAAAGUGCCCUCGCCUACGACGACCACCAGGCAGGGCACAGCACGGCGUUCAGCAGCCACUUGCACAGAGGCUCUCCGGUCUCCACGAGGGAGUCCACACCACGGCAGCACGAAGGGAGCAUCACUGCUGGGAAGCCGGUGUCCCAGGACAGAAAGAUCACCCCCACGCCAAGAGAGCUCACCAACUCCAAGUCUCCGCAUGCCCCCGUAGCCGACCACCACCACCCCAUCUCCCCAUAUGAGCACCUGCUCCGUGGCGUGAGCGGGGUCGACCUGUACCGAGGACACAUCCCGCUGGCUUUUGACCCUGCCGCCAUCCCGAGGGGAAUCCAACUGGAAGCAGCUGCUGCUUACUACCUGCCGAGGCACCUGGCUCCGAGCCCCACCUACCCCCACCUGUACCCGCGGACCCUCACCAGGGGCUCCCCAGAUACAGCCGCCAUGGAGAACCGACAGACCAUCAUCAACGACUACAUCACGUCCCAACAGAUGCACCACAACGCCGCAGCCACGGCCAUGGCGCAGCGGGCCGACAUGCUGCGUGGCUUGUCACCCCGGGAGCCCUCCCUCGCCCUCAACUAUGCAGGUCCUCCCAGAGGAAUCAUCGACCUGUCUCAAGUGCCACACCUGCCCGUCCUUGUGCCCCCCACCCCCGGCACCUCCGCCACCACCAUGGACCGCAUCACCUACAUCCCUGGGCCCCCCCAGACCUUCAGCAGCCGGCACAGCAGCUCCCCGCUCUCCCCAGGAGGCCCCACGCACAUCACCAAACAGUCGGGAUCGUCUGUGUCUGAGCGGGAACGGGAGCGUGAGCGAGAGCGGGAGAGGGAGCGUGAAAAAUCCAUCCUAGCAUCCACCACGGUGGAACACGCGCCCAUCUGGAGACCAGGUACAGAGCAGUCCAGCAGCCGUUCGUCCUCACACUCUCACAGCCACCAGCACUCUCCCGUCUCACCCAGGACCCAUGAGACCAUCCAGCAGCGCCCCAGUGUGCUCCAUAACACGAGCAUGAAGAUCAUCUCCUCGGAGACCCCCACCCCUUCCGUCCUGCGAUCCUCCUCAACCACUACCACGUCACCAAUCCGCUCCACCGCCUUCCCCUCGGCCUCCACCCUGCGCUCCUCCAUCAGCACGGCAGAUGGCUACGCGGCCCCGAUGGACCCGGCCAUCCUGCAGAAAGAGGCCUCGAGAGCACGGGAAGCCAAGGCAGAACGACCCCAGACUGACAACAAUGUCUUCACCUCAAAAAUGCCCAGCGGGGCCAACCUCGAACAGUCGCCUUCACCCAUUAAAGCCGUGGAGCCGAGAUCUUUACCCGCCUCUGGACCUGGUUCUUCUCAUCACUAUGGCAGAGGAGAGGGGAAGAGACAGCAGCACCAUCACCCUCUGGACCAGCAGCACGCAGCCUUGGGCCCCGAGCAGCACAGCAGAGAAAAGAGUCAAAGUAAACCCUUUUCGAUGCAGGAACAGGAGCUCCGAGCACUCGGCUUUCAUGGAGGCUACAGCCCUGAGCGGAUGGAAGCAGUGAGUCCCGUGAGCUCGCCCAGCCUGUCCCACGAGAAAGGGGCCAAGCUGCUGCAGGAUGCAGAGAAGGGACACGGGGAGCAUGACCUGAGGCAGAAACAGCAAGGCUCGCUGAAGGCCUCAGCUCCCGAAGCCGCUCACCUGCAGCACCUCCGGCAACCUGACGGCCCCCAGUGCCAGCCCCUCCAGUCCAGCCAGAGCAUCAAGGGCAUGAACCAGCGCGUGGUCACGCUGGCCCAGCACAUCAGUGAGGUCAUCACACAGGACUACACGCGCCAUCACCCACAGCAGCUCAACUCCCACAUCCAGACCCCGGUGUACUCCUUCCCCGGGGCCGCCUGCCCCGUGCUCGACCUGCGCCGCACGCCCAGCGAGGCGUACCUGCAGCAGCAGGAGCACGCGGCGGCUUCCAGGAUCUCCCCACAGAACGAAGGUGGCAAAAGGUCCCCGGAGCAGAGCAAAGCCUCGGCUGGGAGCGGGUCGGACAACUGUAUCGAGCCGGUCUCUCCACCAGACGGCGUGGGAGAAUCGGAGCACGCCAAGAGCACCACGUACCCGAUCCUGUACCGGGAGGGCGAGCAGAUGGACCAGAGGAUGGGGUCCAAGUCCCCAGGAAACAACACUCAGCCUCCUGCUUUCUUCAGCAAGCUGACUGAGAGCAACUCUGCCAUGGUGAAGUCCAAGAAGCAGGAGAUCAUCAAGAAGCUCAGCACAACCAACAAAAAUGAGACGGAGUACAAUGUUGGACAGCCUGGGACAGAGAUUUUCAAUAUGCCGGCAAUUACUGGAGCAGGGCUAAUCAGUUGUAGGAGCCAGUCGGUCCAAGAGAAUUCCAGUACCAACAUGGGGUUGGAGGCAAUAAUUAGGAAAGCCCUAAUGGGUAAAUAUGACGAGCAGUGGGAAGAGCGCUCACCUCUCAGUGCCAAUGCUUUUAACUCUCUGAAUGCCAGUGCAAGCCUGCCCGCUGCUAUGCCCAUAACUCCUGCUGAUGGACGAAACGAGGACGUGCGCUCCUUGCCAG